AAAAAGAAAGCUAAGAAAUUAAAAAAAAAAUGGCAAUUCAAUUUAUUAAUCUAAACCCCCUCUUAUCCAAACAAAACCCUCUCAUCAUCCAAAAUCGAAGCUCAAUUUCUCUAACCAGAAGAGUCCAAUUGUCCGUGAAUGCGGCGGCGGCGGCGUUAUCAGUUUCAGCGCCGUCGUGGGAGGAGCGAAUUCCCCCAAAUGUCCUUCGCCGGAAGCUCGACCCGACGUGGCGGGGCGGGUUCAGCCUAGGGGUAGAUUUGGGAUUGUCUCGCACUGGCCUUGCCAUUAGCAAAGGCUUCUCCGUUCGCCCUUUAAUGGUUGUUGAAUUAAGAGGGCAGAAGCUUGAGCUGAGACUUCUUGAUAUUGCUGAAAUUCAGGAAGUUGAUGAAUUUAUAAUUGGGCUACCGAAAUCGAGUGACGGAAAGGAGACGGAUCAGUCGAAUAAAAUUCGUACAGUGGCCGGGAGGCUCGCAGUUCGUGCUGCCGAGAGGGGAUGGAGAGUAUAUUUGCAGGAUGAGCAUGGAACAACUACUGAGGCUCUGGAUCAUAUGAUAGCCAACGGCCUCAGUAAAUCUGACCGUCAAGGGAAAAUCGAUGCGUAUGCUGCAAUGAAGGUGCUUGAAAGAUAUUUUUCGGAUUCGGGGAAGGGAAUCGAACUCGUUGUGCCCAAGCAAGUGGAACUUAAGAACAAGUUGCUAAAAGGUCCACCCAAGGAUCUCGAUUUUUACCCAGAACAAAAUCAAAUUUGAUAAGCUACUGCGUUAGUUAAUAACGUAUAACUUGACUUUAAUGUAAUUUGGGACGGUACUACGGAUCAAAAUAGGAAAAGUGAGGUUGCGUUUUUAAAUACGUGUUUUUUUAUUA